UGGGGCGCCUUCAGUCUGAGGUGGGAAGUGGUAGUGUGUGUAACUAGCAUCUUGAGCAUGAGUGCAGCAACACCAUACGCAACAUGAUGUUUUUGGUUAGAAUGUUAUGUGUGACGGCGAGUGUGUUGGUUUGGUGGCCGCGGGGGAGUAACUGCAUUGGAAAUGGUGGUCUGGAGGGCACGGAGUCAGUUCCCACCAAGUUGAAGGGACCGGAGGGCUCCUCACUCCUGCUGGUACUUCCCAGUCAGGACCUGCGAUACACUAAACCUCAGCCGGGUCGUCCAGACGGUGCCGGAGGGACUACCAUCAGUACCUCAAUACAUGAUCGGGGUACCGCAGGGAGACAGUUCUGGGGUCUGAACAACAACAGAGAGUUACCAAGUCGUCCUGGGAACAACCAGAUGAGUGGUGGCGAUCUAAACAACCACAUAAUCGGGAGCAGCCCUGAGGGAGUCGUGUCGAUGGUGCAGAGCUUCGUGGAGGACAUGACGAGAAGGCCCGCUGGUACGCGUCCUGGCUAUGUCAUGGUCAAUUCCCGUAAUCCUGUCCUCAUCCAGCAACUAGUGACUGCCCUCACCCAACGCUAUGGCUCCACCUCCGUCAUCCAAGACCCCGGCACCAUCCAGAAUAUCGUUAGCAUCCAGGACCCUCAAAGCAAUAACAAUGAACCCUCCCAGGACACAGGGAGCGACAUGCCCGUGUUCCCGCUGACAACAACCUGGAACCACACUCACAACAGCAUUGAGUCAAGGGAUCCAGAGGUGGAAUACAUCAGGCAGCAGUUGGCCGCCAUAGCUCACAUCUCCGUAUCUAGUGGCAGGUUGGUUAACGACACUACGCCAGACCCCCUCAACACCACCACCCCCACCCCCACCCUAGCCCUUAACCUUACAGCUGACACCACAACUGCAGCACAGACUCACCAAGACGAUCAAGCUGGAAAUAUAACAACUAGCCCGGACGAACAACAUUCAGGGAUGCAAAGUAUCAACGAAACUAAAGCGAGCAUCCUUCUGAGUUCAUCUCAAGAUCAUCAGGGCAUCAACCAGCACAUCAGUUCUGGUAGCUCCUUCACUCAUGAGCAAAUCAAGCUUCAAGAUGUGAAUAAUGAUGGGCCGUCAACCUUAAACGAAACCGAAGAGCAGCGGGUUGAAGAUGUAGAGAAAUUUGAACAUUUACAGGGCGAAGAGAUUAUAGAAAAUAACUGGAAAUUAAAUGAAAAUAAAACCGCCAUUAAUAACAAUGUUAGACAGUCCGGUGUUUACAUCAACAAUAUUUUCUACUCAGAGGUGAUGCCAGAAGACGACUCUGGAAACAUUAUCGUGGAUACUACAGGAACCAAACAAUCAUACACACCAAAUACUGGCGAAACCAGAUCGCCUUCCAGCAUUAUCUCUGACACUAAUAUUGCCAACCCUCCCAGCUCUACACUCGGUUUUAACAACAGUGUCUUAGAGACGGACCUAAACAUAAACGAAAUAUUAACUCAGGAAUCUACCCUAAACAACGCGGCAUUUGCAAGUGAGGUACCGAAAGUUACUAACGUCCCAGAGGAAGAUCCUGCCGAAAGGGACGCCAUGAGGGAAGUAAGUACCACGGGGUAUGAGGAUUAUUACGAGGAAAUAGACGGAGAGAUGGUCCUCAGCCCCACCAAGUUUAUGAGGAAAGGCGGACCCAUAGUACCAGAUGAUUACCCAAGUUACCAUGAUUACUCUCAGACUGACGGAGAGGACUCGGUUAGUGACGAUCAGCUAAAUAAGACACAACACAACACAGGACUGGGUAAUGAUAUUAGACCAAUCGGAAUGAAGCACAACUCUCUGAACCAAGUGAAGCACUGGACCUUAAGUGCUAUUCCUUCUGCCAGUAAAGUUAAUAAUUUUCCAGACAGUUUCAAUUUGCCCUCGACCAGUGUAGAUGAAGAUGUAGGUAUGGUCGGCCAAGGCUCGAUAAUCAAUCCCUAUAUAAAUCCCGUAUUAUAUGAACAGCAUUUUGGUGAGCUAAAUAGCCCUGUGACUCCAGUAUAUCAUCAACUACAUCCAGUAUUUGAUGUGAGUCCAAGUACUGGCGGCACGGGGUCACAUGAGCAGCUAAACUUUGAAGAAGGGGUCAACAGUGGUUAUUAUGGCAGUGUGUAUGAAGGCCCAAAUGUUACAAUUCAACUGAAUCAACAUGUAGAUAACGAUAAAACUAAAUCCGGAAUCUAUCAUCUGCAUCCCAACUCUGACAACAUACUGACCUCGCUUCAUACUUCUCAUCCCACUGACGCAGUUUUAGCAGGUCAUGUGAAACAUGUGUCCCACACCGGCGGUGGAGGAAUGGCUCCUAUGGAUCCUCAGCUGCUAGAAAAUUUGUGGAACAUAAGUGACAAAGAUCUAUCCAAAAUGGCGCUGCUUCAGGAACUGGACAGAAUUCCUGUUGUAUAUGACGGCGAUGAAGAGCUUAUCGCAGACGCCCCUAGUCUUGAAGCUCUUCCCACGGACGUACUGAACCAACUAGCUGGUAUGAAUAACGGCGAGCUGGAGACUUUAGGUCUAUUAGACCAGAUGAAGACCAUGACUGGAAGGUCUAGUAGUAGUAGGGACUCGAGUGUUAGUCCUCUGAGUGAGGACGUGUCGGAGAAAGACAGCAAGAAUCAAAGGUUGCAGCAGCUGACAAAUACAAGCGUCACCCCCCAUAGUAUCGAAGAGUCGACGGCCUCUUACAGCAGCAGCCCCGGGGAAGUAGCGAAAGGUGACUUGCGAGUUCCAGUUCGUAUCAAUUUUACUGCUGGAAAUUACCGCCAAAGUGACUUAAGCAUUAACGACCACCCAACACAACAUCUACCACCCAAUUUCUUCCCCACGCGCCCGACUCAGUCCCUACACCAAGGGUCAAGUCACCAUGGGGAGGGAGGUAAUGGGGCACAUUUGACUCGGGAGCAACAAGAAAUUAUUGCGCGUUUGCCAGUAGGGAUGCGGCCGGUGGUGUCAUCCAUAGUGUUAGCGGUACAGGCACCCUCCUCCCUCACCACCACCACUACCACCACCGGCCCCCAACACUACCCGUUACUUUACCCAUAUGCUUACCCAUACCCGCCGUACCCGUAUUACCCUCCUCCCAGCUUUCCGCACCCACCCCUAACACCACAGACACACCCAGCCACCACCACUGUCCCUCAUAAUCACGACAGCCACCACCCUCACCAUACUCCCGCUACAUUUGGCCACAGUACACAUGAUGGCAACGGUGCACAUGGUGGCCACGGUGUACAUCGUGGUCAAGGUGCACAGGAUGGUCACGGCGCACAUAAUAGUCAUGGUGCACAUGGUAGUCACGAUAAUCACAGUGAACUUGGUUCCCAAAACAACCGCACAACACAAAUAGCUCACACCACUUCAGCCAACCACAUAAGCAAUGACCCAGACGAGGAUCACCACCUGGGCACCUACGGACAUGCACAUCUUGAGAGCCAGGGUGGUCAUGGUGUUCCAGGGAGCAGUCAUGAUGAUAAUGGUGGCGAGGAUAAUGCGGUAUGGAGGUCAGACAACACUCCCCGACCCGUUGUGGUGACCCCAAGUGCCUCGCCUAGGAUUUCCGGAGUGGCCCCUGCCCGUGGGGUCCCCGGGAGAGUACCCCUUCCCGGAGGUGCCGUAAGCGUUACCCAAGGCUCCGUAGUGUCAACAUUAAACCCCGUCAUCGGGCUAUCCAGACUCGGGGAGUUCGACAACUCUGGCUUAGAGGACGUCGUGGAGACGAGCAUCAGGGACAACAAUAACAAACCCAGCGGUGUCAAUCGUAUUGGUCCCUCGCGGCCAGACAGAAACCAAGGUUUAUUGCAACUACGCCAAGAACCUUUCCAGAUGGGGCACGGACGACCAUCUGGCGGCGGUUUCGUGAACUACCGCCCCCCUCAGCAAACCAACAUGCAGAUGGGCACACCCGUAGUUAACGUGGUGAUGCCUGAAGCCACGAGGCCUGAUCCCACUCCCGCAGAGGAAGAACCUGGUCCUCUCAUUGAACCUGGUGUGACCCAAGAGGAUGCAGCUGUCACUAGAGCCCCUCAGACGAUGGACCGCGAGGAGGCAAACUCUCUCUUACAGUCUUUGUUCUCGUCGCCGACAUUGCUGCUGCUGGGCAUCGUGUUCGCCACCAGUGCCGCUUACAUGGCAAUAGCGAUGGAAGAACAAGCGGCGCAACAACGAUUCCAGCAAGCUCAGUUGGCGGCAGCAUUUGGCGGACAGCCGUUCCUGCCUGGAAGACGACGACGCAGCCUAGACACUCUUCCGUGGUACCCGACAGUCCCACCCAUUCUCAAGGUAUCACAGUGACUAGCAUACAUCUUACUAACUUGUUCUAUAGUUUUCUGAUAUGAAUGCCACGUACGGGUAAAAUGGCAGGAUGGUUAUCGUCCUGGGUUGGCAAUCCUUUGGUGCCGUAUUCAAAUCUUAAUUAAGUGGGCAUUAUGCGAUUGAUAGUCGGUGUGAAUCAGUACCAGUAAUACACUGUAGCCACCAACUUGUAGUGUGAGUCCGGAACCAGUGGUAUUGCCAUAUCACCACUGGCUUUAUAAACCAACUGCUUUACAAAUAUCCAGACCAAAGGGGAGACUGAAAUAUCCUAUCUCAACCAAUAUGUAAUAACGUGACACCAGGCCUACGUGACAGACACCCUGGGUUAAUUUAUAACUUCUUGGUAAACUUUACUAAGCUAACCAAGCUAGAGAGUGGGUUACAUUGUCAGGACAUAAGCCUCGUGUAUCUAUCGUCUAUUACUUCACAAAGUAAACAAUAAUAAUCAGUUUCCCUAUGUACUGCACAAUUUAGCGAUCAUUAUCUUACUGUAACUUUCCCUUUCCUCUGUUUUGUAAGAAUAUGAGACAGUACGAAUGGUGGAUUUUUUAAACUAAUGUACUGUAGAUAUAUUAUAAACUACUUAAAAAUACAAAUUAAGCAUCAACUUCAUAUUCCAUACUAAGUUCUACAAGUUGUGAGGGAGUGUUAGAUAUAAGAUGGAGGACAUUUCCCCAAAUGUUUUCUGACAAAUAAUUUUCAGUUUUUUCUCAAAAUGUCUUUCGGGUGUUUUUGUAAAGCCUUCAGUUGGUGAUGUACAUGUGUGUCCUUGGUGUUGCCAGUACUAGAGGAAGGUUUUUGUUGUAUUGUUAUAAGUGAGGCUACUGAACUAGUGGCAUUAUUGGGCAUUAAUAAAUAAAGCAUCUCAGUUA